GAUGAAGGGGGAGUCCAACAGUCACCUUUACGUCAAGCAUGCGAUGUGGGCGUGAAGCAGAGCGAGAGAUGGGGAGAAAGUGAAAAAAAGAGCCAUCACCGCCCUCGCUUUACAAGGGGUGCACCAUUUCACUCCUCUUCGCCACACUGUGAGUGUAACAGGCAACGGGAGAAAAAGCAAGAGUCUGUGAAUGCUGCUGGAAGUUGAUGGCUAUGUGUGAUGCCCAGACCUCAACAUCGUUUUUCCUUCCAAGUUUUUAAGAUCUGCAUACGCCAAUGGUUUUACCACACGUAGAAUGGGAUUAACUUGGUCCGGCAAAUAUAUCUCACUGUUUCUUGCUGUUCAGUUAGCUUAUCUGCUACAGGCGGUGAGAGCGACAGGGAAAUGUGAUACAGUAUUCAAAGGGUUCUCCAACUGCUUGCUGAAACUCGGGGAGAAUAUGGCCAACUAUCCACAGGAGCUGGACGAGAAGGAAAAUCUGCAGACCAUCUGCAUAUAUUGGGAUGACUUCCACUCAUGUGCGACCACUGCGCUGGCGGAUUGCCAAGAGGGAGCAACAGACCUAUGGGAGAAGCUCAAAAAGGAGUCCAGAAACUUGGAGUUCCGAGGGAGCUUGUUUGAACUCUGUGGUGGGGGGAACGGGGCCUUCAAAUCCACAGUUCCUUUUGGUCUCACGAUGCUUCUAACGGCACUUUCAGCCUUAGUGACUUGGCUUGCAUUUUAGCAGAAGAAAAAAAAAAAAAAAAAAGCGGGGAAAAAAUUACAAAGAAGAAAAAAAGAAAACGAGUGCUAGCUAUCCACACACAAAAAAUACAAAACAAAAGACGUUUGAAUUCAUCUACACCCAAAUGGAUUUAUAGGCUACUUCAUCCGGAGAAGGCGACCUGAUUUUGCAAGAGACAUUGGCAGGCCGUCUUCUGGGACUGCUCCACCAUAUUUGUCUGACCUGGGGUCAACUACAUUAAAUAUUUAGCAGGUGUUGAGUUGGAAUGAUAAUGAAAUUUUGAUGGAUCCUUGCCCGCAUACAAUCGUGGAAUGGCAUAGUAUUAAAGUCGACAAUUAAUUAUUUAUAUUAGUAGCCUUAGACUAGACAUCCCUGUUAUUUCAGGUGAUUGCAGAUUGCAAGCUGCUCAUACUCAGUAGGCUAAUGCGAGACAUGCUUACCUCAACGAAAUCAACAACAGAAAGGCAAUUUGCUCCAGGUCGGUCUCCUAUACUCACCAUUUAGAUAUUUUAUUUGAUUUAAUUUGCCAAAUUUAUAAUGUCGAGCCAAGUAUAAAUCGAAAAGGUUGUUUGUGGAUCUGAUAUUUCUACUUUCAUAUGAUGUCUAUAACCAUCACCCUAGGAAAAAAUAAAUAUAAAUAGCAUAGUAAUAAGAAUGAAAAAAGAGAUCUCAGGAAUGACUACAGGCAUUCAAUGGUACAUUUUGAUGGUUGGUUAUUACGUAAAAAUGAUGGCAAUACGAUGACUUAAACUUGGCCAAUGUAGCGAACGAAAACAAUGGCUGAAGAGUGAUAUGACUGUUGCCAUUCUAUGUUAGCACAUUACCAUCCAUUUAUGAAGAAAUAUAGGCUACCCCUAGGCCUAGGGUAUAACCUACAUGAAACCAUACAUCCCAAAAGAACAGUAGCACGAGAAUACUCAGAAUGCGAAAUCAAUCGCUGGAUGAAGCGACAUUUUGCUAGCUUUUAUUGAUGUUGCCAAGGCAUAGACCCGGUUUCACUGCCUUCAAAAAUAUGUGUAUUAUGUUUGUUUGUUUGUUUGUUUUGGGGAUGUUGCAUAUAAUACCUGACUAUUCCAAAUCAUUUAAGUAAAUAAGAGACUAUGUAUAUCAAAUGAAUUUUGAAAAAAAUGAUAAGAGUCUACCUUAUCCCAAACAGUUUAAAAAACAGAUUGAUUAUUAUCCAGGUAUAUAAAAAAAACAGAUUGCUAAAAUUAUGAAGAAUAUUAAAUAAAACAGUUAAUGUUU